AUGGUGUGGAAAUUUGUCGUGUUAGUUGCGCUUGCUUGCUUUUUUAUUCAAGGAUGGUUCAUAAAUUUAACUUCAGCAGAAGUAUUAAGUACUUCCAUGUGCGAUGAAGUGCAUGGCUUUGCUGGCGAAUACAAUAGCAACCUUGAAAUUCCUAUCCAAUACGGUACAAGCACUACUGAGGCCGUUGUACUUAUUGCACAAUCCUUUGAAAUGGACUCUAAAUUUACCACAUCCAACUGGAUUGAGUUAAAUGUGUCGUAUCAGUCUACAUCCGGAAAACAGGUAAUGAGGGUAUCUGAUGGAUACGGUAUAAUCAUCCUGUCUGACGUGGCAUCACCGUCUAAACUGAAUAUCAGUGUUCAGCGUUUGCGCCCGGACGGUCCGGCUCCAUUCCGAUUUUUAAGCUUUCAAGCGAAUAGACCCACAUGCUUUAUCGAAGUGUCUCCUCAAAAUGCCUUUAUGGCGCCCUUGCCCACCAUUCUUAAUCCAGGGGCGAACGCCAAUCCCAUUCUAUCUACCGUUUUCUUCAAGGCUCAGCUUCCUGAUGGCUACUCUAAGGCCACCAUCGACGUCACGACGGGGCUGACGCCCACCCCUCACGAUUUUAACAUGCCCAGCCCGGACGGCAUGAAAUGGGACCCCCACCGCUCUGGCGACCCGAUUGAGGCCCCGCCCUCCCGUUUGAUCACCUUCUCCGUCACACCGGACAGCAAGGCGAACCCGCUCGGCCAGGCAACCCCCUAUUUGCCGGUGUCCAUCCGGACAGUGCUCGCAAACCCCCUCCCCCCCCCCUCCCCUCCCCCCCGACGCGCCGUCCACUAA